AUGGCGGCGCCCUGGCCGGUGCCGCUGCUGGCGCUGCUGGCAGCGGGGGCGGCGCUGGGCGAGGCCGGGGGGCUGUGCCGGGGGGGCUCCGGUACCGGCGGCGGCAGCAGGCCUGGUGACACCGAGAGCUGCCGGGUGAGCCUGAGCCUGGAGCACUCCUUCGAGCUGGACGAUGUCCCGCGGUUCCGGCGCCGGGGGACGCUGGCCCUGAGCUCGGGCCCCGAGCCCGCGCUGGCGCUGGCACAGAAACCGCUCGGGGACGAGGAGAGAGCGCGGCUCAGGGAGGUGGCAGCUCGGGACGGGCUGUACCGGCUGCGCGUUCCCCGCAGGCCCCUGGGCCCCGGCGAGGAGGGGGGGUCGGAGUUUGUCACCUCCUUCCUGAGGGCUUGCUCCCUGCUGGAGUCGCGCCUGUCGGACCAGCUGUCGCUGCACCUGGACGUGGCCGGGAACGUGGUGGCGCUGGGGGUGGUGGCGGCUCCGGGCUCCUGCCGGGGCGGCCACGUGGAGGACGCGGAGCUGGAGCUGUUCAACACCUCGGUGACACUGCGACAGCCACAGCCCGCGGCCACCCCCGAGACCGCCGCCUUCAUCCGGCACCUGGAGCAGGAGCAGGCUCAGCGCGCGCGCAACCCCCAGGAGCAGAAAUCCUUCUUCGCCAAAUACUGGAUGUACAUCAUCCCCAUCGUCCUCUUCCUCAUGAUGUCCGGAGCUCCCGACGCGGGGGGGGCGCAGGGGGGGGGCACGGGGGGUGGGGGAGGGGCGGGGGUCAGGUGA